CAAGACUCUUCACUCGAUCUGCUGUAACGCUGUGCUUGCCAUUAUUUCAACAAUCGGCUACUUAACGUGAGUUCAACAUGUCCCAGCUUUAUUCUAACCCAGCAGCUGUCCCACCUGGUUUGGAGUACCUUACACAGAUUGACCAGAUAUUAGUCCAUCAAAAGAUUGAGCUCCUUGAAGCCAUUAUUGGCUUUGAAACUAAUAACCAGUAUGAGAUUAAGAACAGCAUGGGUCAAAAGAUCUUCCAUGCUAAAGAAAACACUGACUGCUGCACACGAAAUAUCUGUGGCCCUCUGAGGAGUUUUGAGCUGCAGAUAAAAGAUAAUUUUGAUCAGGAAGUGAUUCACUUAAUCAGGCCUUACCGCUGCACAUCCUGCUGUUUCCCCUGCUGCCUUCAAGAGAUGGAGAUACAGGCUCCACCAGGGAAUACAAUAGGUUACAUCAAGCAAGACUGGCACAUGUUUAAGCCCAGGUUCUCUAUCUAUGACAUGUCCAAAACAAAGGUGCUGUCCAUCGAAGGGCCUUUGUGUGCCAUCAGCUGCUGUGGGGAUGUGGAUUUUGACAUUACCGGUAAGGAUGGGCAUUCUGUAGGUCGCAUCAGUAAACAGUGGACUGGCUUCAUCAAAGAGACACUGACUGAUACAGAUAAUUUUGGCAUUAACUUUCCCAUGGACUUGGAUGUGAGGAUGAAAGCAGUUCUGCUGGGAGCAUGUUUCCUUAUAGACUUCAUGUUCUUUGAGCGGACCGGUGACUCCGGACAGCGUUGCAGUGUGUUUGGCUAGUAGGGAGUGGGAGAAAGAUUGCGGUUCUUGGUUAAAUUUUUUUUCUGGGAUAUUCAUAUGUAGUAUCACUACAUUUACCACUUGUAUGUACUUUCUGUUUCAUUCUAACAUCAGUAAAAUCACUAUAAAAGCAUUUUACAAAAUAGCUGUAACCCAGUCUGGCUAAUAGAUAAACAAUAUUUUAGUGUUGAUUUUCUCUUUUGUAAGAAUAUUAAAUAAUGCAUUUCCUACUGAAAUCUCCUUGCUCUCUAGAAGAAAAUUUUUUUCCGUGACCACACCUCUGAAACAUGUCAUGCAUCAGCAAUUUUACGACAACAAAGUUCAGAGUAAUUACACUCUCCAUCUAUUUUUUAUUUAUUUUUUAUUACUGAACA